CUGACCUGCCCUCCCUGUCCCCCAGAAGAAUCUGGUACCCGGGGACCCUCAUCAUCCGGAUCGCAGGCGGUCUGAAGUCUCCUCGUGGCCCUGCGUCCUCCACUCCCGAGUCCUCGCCGGACCGUGGCGGGGCGCCGAUCGCCUUGUUCAGGAAGCGAGGAACUUCAGAGAGGAAAUAGAAGAUGAACAAGCCUUUGACACCAUCAACAUACGUCCGCAGCCUCAAUGUUGGCAUCCUUCGGAAGCUGUCGGAUUUUAUUGAUCCUCAGGAAGGAUGGAAGAAAUUAGCAGUAGCUAUUAAAAAGCCGUCCGGUGAUGACAGAUACAAUCAGUUUCAUAUAAGGAGAUUCGAGGCCUUACUUCAGACCGGAAAGAGCCCCACUUGUGAACUGCUGUUUGACUGGGGCACCACAAACUGCACAGUUGGCGACCUUGUGGAUCUUCUGGUCCAGAUUGAGCUGUUUGCCCCUGCCACUCUCCUGCUGCCGGAUGCUGUUCCCCAAACUGUCAACACUCUACCUCUUAAAGAAGCGGCAACAGUGGCACAGACACAGAGGCCUUGCCAUGAAAAGGACAGCACACCCAUAAUGCCUAUGCCAAAGCUAGAACAGAGCUGCGAGCCACCUGACUCCUCUAGUCCAGACAAUAAAAGUUUAGAAUUCAGCGAUACUCGGUUUCACAGUUUUUCAUUUUAUGAACUGAAGAGUAUCACAAAUAACUUCGAUGAGCGACCUGUGUCUGUCGGCGGCAACCGCAUGGGAGAGGGGGGAUUUGGAGUGGUGUACAAAGGCUGUGUGAGCAACAGGACGGUAGCAGUGAAGAAGCUUGGAGCGAUGGUUGAAAUCAGUACUGAAGAACUAAAGCAACAGUUUGAUCAAGAAAUUAAAGUAAUGGCAAAGUGUCAGCACGAAAACCUGGUGGAGCUGCUCGGCUUCUCUAGUGACAGUGACAACCUGUGCUUAGUGUAUGCUUACAUGCCCAAUGGUUCCUUGCUAGACAGACUGUCCUGCCUGGAUGGUACUCCACCACUUUCCUGGCACAUGAGAUGCAAGAUUGCUCGGGGUGCAGCAAGUGGCAUCAGUUUUUUACAUGAAAAUCAUCACAUUCAUAGAGAUAUUAAAAGUGCAAAUAUCUUACUAGACAAAGACUUUACUGCCAAAAUAUCUGACUUUGGGCUUGCACGGGCUUCAGCGAAGCUUGCACAGACAGUCAUGACCAGCAGAAUUGUGGGCACAACGGCUUAUAUGGCACCCGAAGCUUUGCGAGGAGAAAUAACACCCAAAUCUGACAUCUACAGCUUCGGUGUGGUUUUGUUAGAGCUGAUAACCGGACUUGCGGCUGUGGAUGAAAACCGUGAACCUCAACUACUACUGGAUAUUAAAGAAGAGAUUGAAGAUGAAGAGAAGACUAUUGAAGAUUACACCGACGAGAAGAUGAGCGAUGCAGACCCUGCUUCCAUAGAAGCCAUGUACUCUGCCGCUAGUCAGUGUCUGCAUGAGAAGAAAAACAGACGGCCAGACAUUGCAAAGGUUCAACAGCUGCUACAAGAGGUGUCUGCUUAAAGCUAAUGAAGUAAACAUCUUUUUUUUUUUUUUUUACCUGAA